CCCCUCCUAUAUAUAGACACAAACCCCGUAUUUUCACCAUUAUACAAAACCCACCACUACAAGUCUUCUCUUUCUCAUAUUCCUCUUUCAAUCAACGGCAAUGGCUGCAACAGACAAUGGCAACAGCAACAACAACUCAGUUUCCAAGCCUUCCCUUUACCUUCAGGACAUGGACGAGGUCCAGAAAGUGUUCAAACGGUUCGACACUAACGGAGACGGCAUGAUCUCCGCCGACGAGCUCUCCGGCGUCAUUAAUGCCCUUGGAUCUGAUACAUCUCCCGAUGAAGUCACUCGUAUGAUGGACGAAAUUGAUACCGACAGAGACGGUUACAUUAAUCUCGAUGAAUUUGCCGAGUUCUGCAAGGGCGACGUUAAUGGCGUCGGUGACGGCGGCGUUAACGAGCUUCGUGAAGCCUUUGACCUCUACGAUCAGGACAAUAACGGCUUGAUCUCCGCCGCCGAGCUCCACCAGAUCCUGACUCGUUUGGGCGAAAGCUGCUCCGUUCAGGACUGUACCAAAAUGAUCAGCUCCGUCGAUGCUGACGGCGACGGUUACGUUAACUUUGAUGAGUUUAAGAAGAUGAUGACCAACAGCAAGUAGGCCCGGGGUUUUUUUUCUUUUUAUCUUUGUUUACUUUACUCUCCUUAUGGCGGCUGAUAAAGGUGAGGACACACGGGAUUAUAGUGCGUCCUUUCGGUAGCGUAUAGUUUCUACUUCUAACUGAUGAUAGACGGAGAAACCGCAAGUAAACCUUAGGUUGACGACGUUAACAGUAUACGUUGUGGAAUCUGAAUUCCCUGCUUGAUCAGAUGUUAAUGAAAUUUAUUUUAUAUCUCUUCUGUU